AUGAGGCUGAGCCUGAGAUAUCCUGGAAUCAGUCCUAUCAACGUAUCUUGGCGUAAUCAACAAGGCGGUCGCAAUGCCAUCAUUUUCCGUUACAUUAUUGGCAGGUCUCAAUUCAGCUUAGCAGCGCCUCAUUCCCUUUCCAAACAGAAUCUCCAAAGUACCCAAGACAUGAGAAGCGAGAUAAAGGAGACAACGGCGUCCAUGAUCAUUAUAGAGUACGAAAGAGGCACUGAGCCAUUGGCCAUAGUUAUGUACCAGACACCACGAACAGCUAAAGCUGGUCACGCAGCGCACUCGGCUGGCGUCCUGGCUGCUACCUGUGUCCGCACCUGCCUAGCUGCCUUUAUUUUGAGAAUUCAACUGAACUGGUUCCCUGUAAUACAGUCUGAAGUUUUGGAGGAAGAGACAAGUAAUAAGGCUCACUACCGAAAGCGAUCUUUCGACAACAAAUACUACAUGAAUCCAGAUGACGAAUUUCCUGUACAUUCAAAAGCACAUAAACCAUUUGAUAGCAUCGGAUCGCUCGCUAUGAACAGGCCAAUAGAACAUGAUAGUGCUAUCGCCACUGAUCAGACGCAGUAUUUGAAAGAGACUUGCACUAUGAAACUUCCCUUCAGACUUUCUAUCGGAAACGCGAACGACGUUUUAUCCCCGUCCAUUCCUACAACGAGACUGGAGGAGACCGGACAAAACUUAUCCUUGACAAACUCCAGAACACCCACAGGAUACCGAAGAUUGAAUAUUGAGGACGAUGAUAUCAGUAUUCAUACACAAGAUGACCGAGGAUACGCGGCUGCAGAGAAGGUUCUCAGAAGAAAGGCCACCAUUGAAGCAUGCCACAGAAUUGUCGAACCCGCUGAGUCGGACUUUGAGCAAAUAGGUUCUCAGUUUCUACUUACAGCCCCCCGCCCAGCAGGUCUAUCUGCAGUCACUGCAAUGGCACGAGAUGUAUCCAUGUCGCUGGAGUACUACGCCGGAAUAUUCCAGGGACCGCAAUGGUUACCAGUCAAUCAGCUGUACAGAAUCGUUACUGAAUAUUCUGUUGUCGAAGCAUUGAAGGAAUGCGUUACAGAUGUGAAACUUUCUGAGAGCGAACUUGAGAAAUAUUCGAAAGCUGUCUGCCCUACCAACAGCCUCCACGGGGGCGUUGGUUCUCGAAGCAUGUUUGCCAUCCUCGCGGUCUUGAGAAAGGUUAAUGAAAUUCGACAAUUCAUUGACCUCGGGCUCUCUGAUAAUGACCUGCCAUUCAGGGCAGACCCAAUUCAUUCUAGACCGGAUGGCCAGCUAUUUCCAAAAAAUCAUACUGUCGAUCAUCAAAAUCUGGGACAAACGUUCGGACGCAAUUGGGAUCUCAAAGACUGGGCCGCAUUCUCAAAAUAUCAAACGGCGAUGCGAUCACCGUUUUUUGCGAUUGAUCUCAGCGAGAGGGACAGGAUUAUUCCUCAUUAUGAAUUGGAUGCCGAGACAGUGCUUCCCUUCAUUGAGGCGUCCCCUGUCCCAUCGUCUAACAUCACGUACCACAGCAUGGUGCAGCGAGUACAAAUUCACCUGCAUCAUUAUACGAUGCACAAGGUGCCGGGUCACACCCGUCAACCAGCAGGCAUCGAAGAAGUCUCUCUUCAGUUGGGUACAUGUGUUGAGGAGAAUCCAUAUUUUGCAGUCAAAGAACUUCUUCCCGAAUAUGGCGACCGACAAAGCAAUGAGAUCAACUUCCGCGAAGAGGUACGAGCUUUGGCCAAGACUGUUGGUUUAUCAAGCCAUGACCAUGUCAUUAAACUCCUCGCAACUUGGAGAAGAGGUGACAAGUGGAGUAUGCUCUUCCCCUGGGCUAAGAGCAAUCUCAAAAACUACUGGAAUCAAAAUCCUCCCCAGAGAUCCCCGGGUUUUGUUCAAUGGAUAUUAUCCCAAUGUCGAGGCCUUGCAGAAGGUCUUCAGAAGAUUCAUAGAAGUCCAUCAGAGCACGCCAAAGACUUCGGCAUUCAUGAAGACAUAAAACCUGAGAACAUUCUUCUUUUCGACAGCCAGUCAAAAGCCUAUGGCAUUCUAGUCAUCAGUGACUUUGGCUAUACUCGUUUCCACGGCAGAAGUACUCGGUCAAACACCCUGAUAGUAGGUACAAGCCCAACUUACAAAGCACCAGAGGCCGACCUUGGAAAGACUAUUGCAAGGUCAUACGAUAUGUGGUCAUUUGGUUGUGUGUUACUAGAGUUCAUUACCUGGUAUUUAAGAGGGCCGGCAGGUAUUCGAGAUUUCAUCGACCGCCGGAAUGAGGACGAUGAGAGACUGAUACCCGGUUGCUCUUUGGACAAAUUCUUCAAUAUCAACAGAGAAGAUGGUUUGAAAGACAAGCCAGAAGUCAAAGGCUCAGUUCUGAACUGGAUCUCUGAAUUAGGGUUAGACACACACUGUAGUGACUACCUCAAAGAGCUCUUAGCCCUCAUAGUCACAGAGCUCCUACAACCUGACCCGAAGAGUCGAGGAAAGUGCGAUAAGGUAGCCGAGAGUCUUAGGAGAUUGGAACAAAGUUGCAGGUCCGGAAGCCUCGAGUUUCUCACGGAUCGAAGUGCCGGAACACCGAGUAUGCUGUCUACACCAGUCACACCAUUGUCUAAUGAUUCAUGGAAUGAUUUGGUGAAUGAUGGUUUUCGUAGUGAUCGCGAAUCAACCGACAUGAUUCAUCGAUCCAGGGACAGAUCUGACACGACAAUCUCCAAGAUCGAUUCUCGUCUCGGAAUUGGCGAAGGAAGUUUCCGCCACAUCAUAUCGAUCAAGCAAUUUGUACAGCAAUCCAGGUUUUGA